AGUCUGACUGUGUGUGUGGUCCAGUGGGAGCUUCCAGCCAAGGUGAGGUCUGUUCAGCCGGCCCCUGGUCAGCGCUGGUCAGUACUGGUCAGUAGGCUACAUGUAAUGAGCUAAGCUCUUGAGCGGUUUUACUCCAGCCAGAAUACAUUGACACCCAGAUCCCCUCACCUUGACAGACAACAGCUUAUGGUGACACCAGGAAAAGUUAUACUCUACAGAACACAACAUCAUCGCAGCUCUGCAUAAACUCUUCAAAUCAAAACCUCUAUUUGCACUGAGCAGGUCAACAUUGUGGAUUUUUCUCUUAAAACUUGAUUUAGCCCACUGCAGUAAAAGGUUAAAACUCAACUACUCUCUCACUCUACAUUUGAGGCAGUUGUGGGCCUCUUUCUAACACCCUGCUUCCCUCCCCUUCCCCCUGUAGUACUCCUCUGCAGUUCUGUAGCUCAUCAGCUGGUCCAGGAUGUCGUUCAUGAUGAAGGCCAUGUUGGGGAGUAAGUUGAAGGAUAUGACGGGAGGAGGAGGAGGAGGAGAGGCCGAGGUCCCUGCGAGAGAUGGGAAGGAGACCCCUGAGUCUAAAGGAAUGUCCAGAGAGGAGUUCGAGGAGUACCAGAAACAGCUUAUAGAGGAGAAGUGAGUAACCAAUCAAUCAAUUGAUCAACUGAUCAAGUUCUAUUUGCAUAGUGCUUUGAACAAAUUCAUAAUAAAUGAAUUACCCUGUAACCCUAGCUAAAAACCCCAAAGAGCAAAGUGUACCUACGUGUCUUUAUAACUGAACCUAAAUCCAGAAUUAGGCUGGUAUGAGGGAUGGCUAAUUUCCUCACAAUAGCAGAUUAGCAGAUGAGGCAAGUCAGUGCAACUAGUCAAAAAAUAUUUAUGUUUCAAGACUUAUGUUUUUACAUGCUAUAUUAACAUACUGCCUCUGAUCUGGCGGACUCACUAAACACAAAUGCUUUGUUUGUAAAUUAUGUCUGAGUGUUAGAGUGCCCCUGGCUAUCUGUAAAUUUAACAAACAAGAAAAUUGUGCCAUCUGGUUUGUUUAAUAUUAGGAAUUUGAAAUGAUUUAUACUUUUACUUUUGAUACUUAAGUAUAUUUUAGCAAUUACAUUUACUUUUGAUACUUAAGUAUAUUUAAAACCAAAUACUUUUAGGCUUUUACUCAAGUAGUAUUUUUCUGGGUGACUUUCACUUUUACUUAAGUCAUUUUCUAUUAAGAUAUCUUUACUUUUACUCAAGUAUGUCAAUAGUGUACUUUUUCCACCACUGGUAACUAGUAACUGUAAUGGAUUACAUUUAGGAAGUAACCUACCGAACCCUGUAGACAGGAAGAGAGAAGCUGAGGAACUCUGAUAUAAUAUAAUGAAAACAGAAGCUUUGUUUCAUGCUAACGUGACAUGAACAUGAACUCGCUACUUCCAGUAACAUGUUAGAACUUUAAUGCUGGCCCAAAUUAAUAAUGCAAAAGGGGCCAGCUGGCCCAAAUUAAUAAUGCAAAAGGGGCCAGCUGGCCCAAAUUAAUAAUGCAAAAGGGGCCAGCUGGCCCAAAUUAAUAAUGCAAAAGGUGCUAGCUGGCCCAAAUUAAUAAUGCAAAAGGUGCCAGCUGGCCCAAAUUAAUAAUGCAAAAGGUGCUAGCUGGCCCAAAUUAAUAAUGCAAAAGAUGCUACCUAGCCUUAUUGAAUAAUGAAAAAAGGUGCUAGCUGGCCUUAUUGAAUAAUGCAAAAGGUGCUAGCUGGCCUAAUUGAAUAAUGCAAAAGGUGCUAGCUGGCCGUAUUGAAUAAUGCAAAAGGUGCUAGCUGGCCUUAUUGAAUAAUGCAAAAGGUGCUAGCUGCCCUAAUUGAAUAAUGCAAAAGGUGCUAGCUGUCCUUAUUGAAUAAUGCAAAAGGUGCUAGCUGGCCUAAAUGCUCUCAUGCAUAAUUUACCAGCAAAACAUGUUGAUGCUACAGACAGUAACAUCUACAACAACUCUCAGAGACCUAUCUAGCUUCAUAACAUGAGCGUAGAGUGUGUCAAUGUUGAAGUCACAACCAUUUUCCAGUGGUCUGUCUUAGAGCAGCAGAGGUAGUGGCAUUACAGUAUGUGUCUGAUAUCUAACACAGUACCUCAGUAUGUCUGAUAACUAACACAGUACUUCAGUAUGUCUGAUAACUAACACAGUACCUCAGUAUGUUUCUGAUAACUAACACAGUACCUCAGUAUGUCUGAUAACUAACACAGUACCUCAGUAUGUCUGAUAACUAACACAGUACCUCAGUAUGUCUGAUAACUAACACAGUACCUCAGUAUGUCUGAUAACUAACACAGUACCUCAGUAUGUCUGAUAACUAACACAGUACCUCAGUAUGUCUGAUAACUAACACAGUACCUCAGUAUGUCUGAUAACUAACACAGUACCUCAGUAUGUCUGAUGAUAACUAACACAGUACCUCAGUAUGUCUGAUAACUAACACAGUACCUCAGCAUGUUUCUGAUAACUAACACAGUACCUCAGUGUGUCUGAUAACUAACACAGUACCUCAGUAUGUCUGAUAACUAACACAGUACCUCAGUAUGUUUCUGAUAACUAACACAGUACCUCAGUAUGUUUCUGAUAACUAACACAGUACCUCAGUAUGUCUGAUAACUAACACAGUACCUCAGUAUGUGUCUGAUAACUAACACAGUACCUCAGUAUGUUUCUGAUAACUAACACAGUACCUCAGUAUGUCUGAUAACUAACACAGUACCUCAGUAUGUCUGAUAACUAACACAGUACCUCAGUAUGUCUGAUAACUAACACAGUACCUCAGUAUGUCUGAUAACUAACACAGUACCUCAGUAUGUCUGAUAACUAACACAGUACCUCAGUAUGUCUGAUCACUAACACAGUACCUCAGUAUGUGUCUGACACCUGCAUGGUAGGCUACACACAGUAGAGGUUUAAUGUGGCCUGCUGUGUAUCAAAUAAACACUGGUUGAGUGGUUUAGUGAUUAGCCUCAUUUCAACACUAGCUGCCUGUCAAGCCACGAGUGUCUGUCUCUCACAGAGGGGAGGGUAGAGCAGAACGACGGGCACAUACUGUUACAUGUUCAUGAACACAUAUAUCCACAUAUCCACAUGAGGCUCAGGUGAUGUCAGUGAAAGGCAGGUAUAAAAACUGUAGGCUGUAGGUUCCAGGCAGCAUGGCUUACUGUAAUGACUGGAGGCUGUGGCUCACUAGGCUCAUGUAAGCCUGGCCAGGCAGGGGUCAGGGGGAUUAGGGUCUGGGUCUGGGUCACUGUCUUCGGACAGGUGGGUCACUACUACAACAUGGCGAUGCUAGUCCCUCCAACAACUGGUGUAAUAACUGACCAGCACUGUGCUCCAGACAACCCUUCUUCUUCUUCUUCUUCUUCUUCUUCUUCUUCUUCUUCUUCUUCUUCUUCUUCUUCUUCUCCUUUGCUAUUGCUCCAGAGAGUCAGCAACUGGUAACCACACAUGCUCCAACCCGACUUAGCUAUUUUGUGACUUUUUAUCCUUAAUUGUUUUGUACAGAAAGCUCACACCAUUAUCACUUCUGACCGCCAAGUACUUUUGAACUACCACUAACCUUGACUUCAACCUUGAUUUCGGCUCCUACUUCCCUUGUUGACACCAGACCCUACUCCAUUGUUCGGGCUACCCAAGCGUCGCAAGCGAAGACACAGGAGGAGGGGUGGAGUCCUUGUUAGACUCAGACACAGAGAAAACCGUCCGGCACUCCCCUCCAUUUCAUUGGCAAAUGUCCAGUCACUUGAGAAAAAGAUGGAUGAGCUCCGUUUGAGAGUUUCCUACCAACGGGACAUAAAAAGCUGUAAUAUUGUUUGCUUUUCAGAAACUUGGCUGACGAGUGAUAUGGAGAUAAUACUCAAGGAUUUCUCCAUGCUUCGUCGUGACCGGACAGUGGACUCUGGCAAAACCAAAGGGGGAGGGGUGUGUCUUUUUGUAAACAACAACUGGUACACUGCUUCAAGUGUAAAGGAAGUCUUAAGCUUUUGCUUACCUGAACUAGAAUACAUGGUAAAUUGCAGACCUUUUUAUCUUCCAAGAGAGUUUUCAUCUGUAAUCAUCACUGCUGUCUACAUCCGAGACGAGAAUGGCACUAAGCAGGCACUCAACGAGCUGUACAGGGCCAUAAACAAACAAGGAAAUUCUCACCCAGAGCCACGUUUCUAGUUGGUGGAGACAUUAACGUGGGGAGACUGAAAUGCAUUUUACCGCACUUUUACCAACACGUCUCCUGUGCCACAAGAGGCGUUAACAGUCUGAACCACUUUUACUCUACCCACAGAAACACAUACAGAUGUAGGAUCUUAAUUUGAUCACCCUGUUGCGGGAGAACCUUCCUGCAAUGCAGGAAAUAUAAAACCUGUAGUGUAUUUCAGGUUUAGAAAGGCUUCUGAAGUUUGUAAUUUCCACUUAGAAAUUUUAGACUUGAUUUUCCCUUUUCCACAAAAAUGUCCAUUAAUUAUGUAUAAUUUUUUAGUCAUUUAGCAGACGCUCUUAUCCAGAUCGACUUACAGUUAGUGAGUGCAUACAUUUUUCAUAGUGGCCCCCCAUGGGAAUCGAACCCACAACCUUGGCGUUGCAAACGCCAUGCUCUACCAACUGAGCUACACGGGGCCUAAUCCACAUAAUAAUUAACAUUUCCUGUUGCAUUUCCUGUUUCGGCAAAUCAGACCAUGACUCCAUCCUCCUGCUUCCUGUUUACAAGAAAAAACUCAAACAGGAAGUACCAGUGGCGCGCUCAGUACGGAAGUGGUCUGGCAAAGCGGAUGCUAAGCUACGAGACUGCUUCGCUAGCACAGACUGGAAUAUGUUCAGCGAUUCAUCCGAUAACAUUGAGGAGUUUACCACAUCAGUCACAGGUUUCAUCAAUAAGUGCAUCGAUGACGUUGUUCCUACAGUGACCGUACGUACAUACCCUAACCAAAUUACAGGCUGCAUCCGCACUGUGCUAAAGGUUAGAGCUACAACUUUCAAGGAAUGGAACACUUAUCCGGACGCUUAUAAGAAAGCCCGCUACGACCUCCAACGAGCCAUCAAAUAUUGAAAAGGUCAAUAUAGGACUAAGAUAGAAUCCUACUACACCGGCUCUGAUGCUCGUCGGAUGUGGCAGGGUUUGCAGACUAUUACGGAUUACAAAGGGAAACCCAGCUGUGAGUUGCCAAGUGACGCAAACCUCCCAGACAAGCUGAAUGCCUUGUACGCUCGCUUGGAAGGAAACAACACUGAGCCAGGCAUGAGAGCCCUUGCUGUCCCAGACGACCGUGUGAUCUUGCUCUCCGUGGCCGAUGUAAGACUUUUAAACAGGUUACCACUUGCAAGGCACUGGACCAGACGGAAUACCAGGGCGUGAUCUCAGAGCAUGUGCAGACCAACUGGCAAGUGUCUUCAAGGACAUUUUCAAAAUCUCCUUGUCCCAUUCUGUAAUCCAACAUGUUUCAAGUAGACCACCAUUUUUCCUGUUCCUAGGAACUCAAAGGUAACCUGCCUAAAUGACUAUCACCCCGUAACACUCACAUUUGUAACCAUGAAAUGCUUUGAAAGGCUGGUCAUGGCACACAUCAACACCAUCAUCCCAGACACCCUGGACCCACUCCAAUUCGCAUACCGCCCCAACAGAUCCACAGAUGACGCAAUCUCUAUUGCACUCCACACUGCUCUCUUCCACCUGGACAAGAGGACUACCUAUUUUAGAAGGCUGUUCAUUGACUACAGCUCAGCGUUUAACACCAUAGUCCCCUCCAAGCUCAUCACCAAGCUUGGGACCCUGUCAAACCAAAUUGACCAUGGGCAUUACAAUCGGGUCCAUGCAGCUGUGCUCUGAAUUGAUGAUUACUUGGGUGCUGCCAGCUGUGGGCAUGUGGGCAGGAUUGAAAUAAACCCAACCCAAGGAAAACUGUUACGGUACCCUUCAUUAAGUGACAUGCAAUUUUUUCCUAUCAUCUUGCAAAUCUCAGUUUUGGACGAGACUGACUUUAUGACCAAAAUUAUUCUAUUUACAUUUUGUAGUCAAUUUUGACACUAGAAUAAAUGUUUCUGACUCAUAUCGAUGCCACAUAGGCCGUUUUCAAAAUUAGAAGUUGCUUUUUAGGUGAAGUCGCUCGUUAAAGACGUCCUCCAGUGAUUUUUGAACUUUUCCUGUUGAAAAGUGAUAUCCCAAGUAUAAAUAUAGUACACACACUAAAGAGUAGAAAAUAUGUUGAGUUAAAUAGUCUCAGUAGUCUCAGUACUUCCAUACUUAACAACACGGUUAUAAUAGUGCUUAUAAGUCUAUCUACCUUUCCCCUAAAGGAAACCCAAGGACCUGUAUACAGUCUGACCUUAAUCCCCCUCUAAUCAAAGACAUGAGGGACAACUCACUUGUCCUUAUAUGAAGAAAAACAUCACCAAGAGAUGCUAAAUAAUCAAAUAGUGUACCGUAAUAUAAUGAGGCAAAUACUGUAACCUUGCUCAGUCAUGUUCUUCCUGUUAUUAGAAUCCCUUCCUCCCUGGCUGCCAUUGGAUUUCUAUGAACCUAUUGUUCUCAACCCUAUUUCCAGCUACAACCAUCUCUAUCUCCACCUCCCUGACCAUAUCCUAUAUAUGGUAUAUCUAGGGCCCAAGGUUUCUCCUGGUUAGGUCAGGUUCUCAGUACAAAUUCCAAGCCAUUUGGUUUUUAUAUGUAUUACUUGAUGUGAAUUUGCUUCCAUAUCUAUAGAAUUAACACAUUGAGGGAGUUAAAUCGAAGUGACUUUCUUUCCCUUGCAGGGUUGAGCGGGACAAGGAGUUUGCCACAAAGAAGGCGGAGAGGGCCAACCUGAGGUCCUGCCUGAGGGACAAGUACCGCCUACCUGAGGUAAGAGCUGUCUUAAAGUAGGCCCAGGAUUGGGAACUAACUGAUUACAUGUUACAUGUAAUCGGAUUACCAAAAAAAAUAAGUGUAAUCAGUUAUGUUAGCAGCAAAAAUAUUGUAAUCAGAUUAGAGAUACUUUUGAUUUGAUAUUUAUUGGAUUACUUUUAAAUUAAAAUGUCUGUUUUCUCAAUGACAUUCAACUCAGCAUUGAAAAAAGGUGCAAGUUUAAGUUUGUCCCACCUGAGCGAGUCUGACCACAAGUCAGAAACCACUAUGAUGACACACCAAAUGCAUUUGAUGGAUCCUUUUUGUCUUCUUCUAAUGCCUCUUAAAGGGAGAAUAAUCCAACAGUAACUGAAAGUAAUCAGAUUACGUUACUGAGGUUGGAUAAUCCCAAAAAUACCUCACUGAUUACAAUUGUGUAACUAGUAACUGUUUUAAUUUAGAAAGUAAUUGAGCUGUGUAGGCCUGACUACUAACUUCAGAUACGUGGAACUUAAAACACAUGAGUUAGCCCUUUGCCCCCAAUGAACACGUUGAUCCCCUGUAGACAAUGGAAACAUGACUGUCAGAGCCCAAUCAGUCCUGGACACAUACAGUACCAGUCAAAAGUUUGGACACACCUACUCAUUCAAGGGUUUUUCUUCAUUUUUACUAUUUUCUACAUUGUAGAAUAAUAGUGAAGACAUCAAAACUAUGAAAUAACACAUAUGGAAUCAUGUAGUAACCAAAAAUGUGUUAAACAAAUCAAAAUAUAUUUUAUAUUUGAGAUUCUUCAAAGUAGCCACCCUUUGCCUUGAUGACAGCUUUGCACACUCUUGGCAUUCUCUCAACCAGCUUCACCUGGAAUGCUUUUCCAACAGUCUGCGGUCCAACUCAUCCCAAACCAUCUCAAUUGGGUUGAGGUCGGGUGAUUGUGGAGGCAAGGUCAUCUGAUGCAGCACUCCAUCAUCCUUCUUGGUCAAAUAGCCCUUACACAGCCUGGAAGUGUGUUUUGGGUCAUUGUCCUGUUGAAAAACAAAUUAUAGUCCCACUAAGCGCAAACCAGAUGUAAUGGCGUAUCCUGCAGAAUGCUGUGGUAGCCAUGCUGGUUAAGUGUGCCUUGAAUUCUAAAUAAAUCACAGACAGUGUCACCAGCAAAGCACCCCCACACCAUCACACCUCCUCCUCCAUGCUUCACAGUGGGAACCACACAUGCGGAGAUCAUCCGUUCACCUACUCUGCGUCUCACAAAGACACAGCGGUUGGAACCAAAAAUCUCAAAUUUGGACUCAUCAGACCAAAGGACACAUUUCCACCGGUCUAAUGUCCAUUGCUCGUGUUUCUUGGCCCAAGCAAGUCUCUUCUUAUUAUUGGUGUCCUUUAGUAGUGGUUUGUUAGCAGCAACUCGACCAUGAAGGCCUGAUUCACACAGUCUCCACUGAACAGUUGAUGUUGAGAUGUGUCUGUUACUUGAACUGUGUGAAGCAUUUAUUUGGCCUGCAAUCUGAGGUGCAGUUAACUCAAAUGAACUUAUCCUCUGCAGCAGAGGUAACUCUGGAUCUUCAUUUCCUGUGGUGGUCCUCAGGAGAGCCAGUUUCAUCAUAGCGCUUGAUGGUUUUUGCGACUGCACUUGAAGAAACUUUGAAAGUUCUUGAAAUGUUCUGGAUUGACUGACCUUCAUGUCUUAAAGUAAUGAUGGACUGUCGUUUCUCUUUCCUUAUUUGAGCUGUUCUUGCCAUAAUAUUGACUUGGUCUUUUACCAAAUAGGGCUAUCUUCUGUAUACCACCCCUACCUUGUCACAACACAACUGAUUGGCUCAAACGCAUUAAGAAGGAAAGAAAUUCCACAAAUUAACUUUUAUCAAGGCACACCUGUUAAUUGAAAUGCAUUCCAGGUGACUACCUCAUGAAGCAGGUUGAGAGAAUGCCAAGAGUGUGCAAAGCUGUCAUCAAGGCAAAGGGUGGCUGUCAUCAAGGCAAAGGAAUGCCAGACUUUGAUUACAAAGUUUGAUGACAAAAUUUGCCCACGAUGGAACGCCGCAACCCUUUCCUGUUCAAGUGAGCACAGCACAACAAGGUGGCGAAUCGCAUCUCUGCAUGUCUGGCAGACAUAUCAGUGUGGAUGUCGGAUCACCACCUCAAGCUGAACCUCGGCAAGACAGAGUUGCUCUUCCUCCUGGGGAAGGACUGCCCGCUCCAUGAUCUCGACAUCACGUUUGACAACUCCAUUGUGUCCUCCUCCCAGAGUGCAAAGAACCUUGGUGUGACCCUGGACAACAACCUGUCGGUCUCCGCUAACAUCAAAGCGGUGACCCGAUCCUGCAUGUUCAUGCUCUACAACAUUUGCAGAGUACGACCCUACCUUACACAGAAAGCGGCACAGGUUCUAAUCCGGGCACUUGUCAUCUCCCGUCUGGAUUACUGCAACUCGCUGUUGGCUGGGCUCCCUGCCUGUGCCAUUAAACCCCUACAACUUAUCCAGAACGCUGCAGCCCGUCUGGUGUUCAACCUUCCCAAGUUCUCUCAUGUCACCCCGCUCCUCCGCACACUCCACUGGCUUCCAGUUGAAGAUCGCAUCUACUACAAAACCAUGGUGCUUGCCUAUGGAGCUGUGAGGGGAACGGCACUUCCUUACCUUUCAUGCUCUGAUCAGACCCUACACCCAAACGAGGGCACUAUGUUCAUCCACCUCUGGCCUGCUAGCCCCCCUACCUCUACGGAAGCACAGUUCCCGCUCAGCCCAGUCAAAGCUAUUCACUGCUCUGGCACCCCAAUGGUGGAACAAGCUCCCCCACGACGCCAGGACAGCGGAGUCACUGACCACCUUCCGGAGACACUUGAAACCCUACCUCUUUAAGGAAUACCUGGAAUAGUAUAACAGUAACCCUUCUACCCCCCACCAAUUUGUAAGUCGCUCUGGAUAAGAGCGUCUGCUAAAUGACUUAAAUGUAAAUAUAAAUGCACUUUGAAGAAUCUCAAAAAAUAUAUAUAUUUUGAUUUGUUGAACACUUUUUUGGUUACUACAUGAUUCCAUAUGUGUUAUUUCAUAGUUUCACUAUUAUUCUACAAUGUAAAAAUGUAAAAAAAUAAAGAAAAACCCUUGAAUGAGUAGGUGUGUCCAAACUUUUGACUGGUAGUGUAUAUACUGAACAAAAAUAUAAAUACAACAUGCAACAAUUUUAACGAUUUUACUGAGUUACAGAUCAUAUAAGUAAAUCAGUCAGUUGAAAUAAAUAAAUUAGGCUCUAAUCUAUGGAUUUCACAUGACUGGGCAGGGGCUCAGCCAUUUGUGGCCUGAGAGGGCAUAGGUCCACCCACUUGGGAGCCAGACCCAGCCAAUCAGAAUGAGUUUUCCCCCACAAAAUGGCUUUAUUACAGACAUAAAUACUCCUCAGUUUCAUCAGCUGUCCGGGUGGCUGGUCUCAGACAAUCCCUCAGGUGAAGAAGCUGGAUGUGGAGGUCCUGGGCUGGCGUGGUUACACGUGGUCUGUGGUUGUGAGGCCGGUUGGACGCACUGCCAAAUUCUCUAAAAUGACUUUGGAGGUGGCUUAUGGUAGAGAAAUUAACAUUAAAUAUCUGGCAACAUCUCUGGUGGGCAUUCCUGCAGUCAGCAUGCCAAUUGCAUGCUCCCUCAAAACUUGAGAAAUCUGUGGCAUUGUGUUGUGUGUUAAAACUGCACAUUUUAAAGUGGCCUUUUAUUGUCCCCAGCGCAAUGUGCACCUGUGUAAUGAUCAUGCUGUUUUAUCAGCUUCUUGAUAUGCCACACCUGUCAGGUAGAUGGAUUAUCUUGGCAAAGGAGAAAUGCUCGCUAACAGGGAUGUAAACAAAUUUGUGCACAAAAUUGGAGAGAAAUCAGCUUUUUGUGUAUAUGGAACAUUUCUGGGAUCUUUUAUUUUAGCUCAUGAAACACGGGACCAACACUUUACAUGUUGCGUUUUAAUGAUUUUUUAAGUAUAUACAUUUUCGACUAUGUGUCUGUUUCUCAGAGUGGCCAGGACGAAGCCAUGGUGAAGAUGGCGGGAGAUGACCUGGACCUCCCUGAGGACCUAGCCAAGAUGGUGGACGAGGAUGAGGAGGAAGAGGAGGUGAACGACUCACUACUAGGGCAGCUACAUCAACUGCAGAACAUGGACAUGGACCAGCUGAAGACCAAAGCCCAGACCACCAUGACAGAGAUACAACAGGUGGCUGAGGAGAAGUGUGUCGUCAUGUGA